CCCCGUUCUUCCACAACUUAUCGCUCUUCAGCGUCUAGCCUUACUGGUGGCUCAUCUGGUGUUGGUACAUACCGCAGUAUUUUGCCAUCUUUAGGCUCAGGCAGUAGCAGUUAUGAUACAACUACGCUCAGCCGAUAUGGACUAAUCUCUUGCAGGUCCAUCAACUCCCGUUUAACAAAUCAAUUUAACAACCAUAUUACUUACCACUGAGUAUGUGGGUUUCUGUGUGUGUGAAUAAUUGAGUGAAAUAGAAACUGAAAAAAAAAAAAAAAAACAGACGUAUAACAAUUAAAUAAAAUAUUUUUGUAAAAGGUCAAGAAGAAAAAACAAAGAAAGAGUAAACUCAGUGCAUAAAGGAAAGUAAAAGAUAAAAUUCAGAAUUGUUCAAAAUAAUGAUUGACAUUAAAAAUACCACAAACAAUUUUCAAAAAUUCCCCAUGCUUAAACAAAAAUGUGAUCCCGGUAUUGUAACAACACAGGAAACUCACCUGCAACAACAACAACAGAUAAAGAAUAUAGCAGCAACGACAACUAAAUACAUUCCAGCUCAACAACAAAAUCAUUCCGGAAAAGAUAUACCAACUAAACUAUCUAAAACAACUGACAAGGAUCCCGGUUCCAAUUCGAACCCGGUAAGGAGGGCCAAUCAACCAUUUUUCCUCAUAAAUGCCUACAAAGAUCAAAACUUCCUCAAAGAAGAAUGUGAAUUGGCCCAUGCUCUAGUCGCAAAGACCACUAAAGACAGUGGCAAGCAAUCUACCAAGUCAUCAACGACUUCUCUACCCCAGGUUAAAGCUAAUCUGCCCCUUGCCUCCUACAAUAGCACAUUUAAUAGAAACAACAACUUGCAACGACCGUCAGCAGCCUUUGCUGCCACAACAAAUGGGAUGCGACGAACUGGUAAUGGUACACAUUUGGGCACAACCACAGCGGUUGCGACGGCAACUAAUAAGGUUGAAAUUAACUACAGCGGCCCUCAGUUCAAAGGAUUGUCAUCGUCGUCGCCAUCGUCGGCCUCAGCUCCAGUCACAUCUGCUUCCACGUCAUCCAAGAAAUUAAACUCGGCAAUCUGCGCCACAGGGUCGAAUAUUAGCAGCAGCACUUUUACAACGAACAAGUUCAAUAUACGGAACCAAGUGAAACCUCUGGUCCAUAGGAGCACGGUUAUUGCCACGGGCUCUCCAGCUAAUUCAUUUUCCUCAUCUAUUAACUCCCUUCAGCAUAAAAAUAACCACAACAUCAAUAUUAAUAACAACAAUAACGGUAGCAACAACAGUUUAAACAAUAUUGCGGCGACAAGUAGCGGCAAUAACAACAUGCAAACGUCUUUGGAUCAAGACGAUAUAAAAUUCAUCGACAGCGAUGAGCCACCGCCACCCGCACAGUCUACCGCCAUGACCAGUGAACGCAAAUCAGCACAUAGUGGCUACGAACAACGCUGUUGUGUGAACGUAGCGACCUCGUCUUUGUCUAAGAGCCGCAUUCGGCCAAAAUCAACAAUCAUUUGUUCCAGCAGCCAUUCUGUGUCAUCUGCAUCUUCCACAUCUGCUGCCUGCUCCUCCUCAUCCAAUGCCACCAAUAGCAUGGUGUUUGAAAAAGUCAAUAACUAUAAGUAUGCCAAUGGUAGUUUAGGCGCCGCCGGAAUCAGUUCUUCACCCAUGUCGAGUUGUGUCGACAGAAGGGCAGACACAGCCAUAGACCCCAAUAGUAUUAGGGCAUCAAUUGAAAAAUUCAAUAGUUUAAGUGAGCAAAAGCGUUUGCCUCCCAGUUCAGUCACGCUGCGAUCCCACAGCGGCAGUGGCAGUACGAGUAACCUGCAACAUCAUCGCCACAGUAGUGACUUUGACAAUUGUAAUUUAAAAUUCCCAAAUACCGGUAGUGGUUCAUUGACCCGAACACCUUAUCGCAGUUCGGGAGCUAGCGCGGCGGGUAAAGUUGUUACCAGUUUGUAUCCUAGUGCUUCGGCGGCAAUGUCGUCGGCUUCGAAUCGUCAUGCCACUGUACUCAACAGCGGUCCCAACAAUACUGGUAGCCUGCCAUUAAAAAGUAGCAAACACUAUGCUCAAGCCGAGGAUACUACGUUUACGGCACUGUCAAGUUCGGUUGACGGCGAUGCAAGUAAAAAGAAAAUCGCAUCAAUUUCUGGCGGUCUCAGUGAAACCAUGGAUGAAACACCUAGUGUGCGUACAUCUUCAGCCUUGCGAAAUACUCUCCCGACCUCUUCACCAACCUCAUCCCGCUACUGGGAUAGGGAUACCUCACGAUCAUCACUAAUAUCUUCCUCAGCGUCGCAUGCCGAUGAGAAUAAAAAAACUGCAGUAAAUGACGAAGAAACUGAAGGAUUAUGUGGACUGAAAAAUAUCGGAAAUACGUGUUUCAUGAACUCCGUCAUACAGUGUCUGAGCCACACGAACGAAUUAACAAAAUUUCUGCGGAAUUACAAUGCAACUAAAUCCCCAACUUCAAAGGAUCAGCAGAUCUUGUAUGAGUUCUCCAAACUUAUUAAAGAGAUGUGGACAAACAAUGUGCAUAGCGUAACUCCUAUGGAAUUGAAGAGAUCUUUCUCUGCAAAACAUCGUAUGUACAGUGAUUAUAAUCAACAAGACGCUCAAGAAUUUCUACGAUUCUUUUUGGACUCACUACAUUGUGCGCUUAAUACUGGUGUUAAAGGCGAAGCCCUCAAAAUAGAUGAUAACUUAAGUGACAAUAAAAAGGCCGAACUUACGUGGGAGUGGUACAGCCGCUUGGAAAACUCUCUCAUACGUGAUUUGUUUGUGGGCCAAUUGAAAAGUACGCUACGCUGUACCACCUGCGGCAAUACUAGUGUUACUUUCGAUCCCUUCUGGGAUUUGAGCGUGCCAUUGCCAUCGUCGUCACGUUGCAAACUAGAGGCCUGUCUUGAUUUGUUUAUAAGAGAAGAGGUUUUGGAUGGGGAUGAAAUGCCAACUUGUUCUAAAUGCCAAACAAGAAGAAAAUGUACGAAGUCCUUCACUAUCCAACGAUUUCCCAAAUAUCUUGUUAUACAUUUGAAACGUUUUUCUGAGACACGUUGGAGUAAACUGUCCAAUAUUGUUGAGUUCCCAACCGGAGAACGGGAGCUAAAUAUGGGACCUUAUGGUGCAAAUGCCAAUUCAAAUAUGUACUUUUCACUUUAUGCUAUUUCAAAUCAUAUGGGCUCAACGGCCGGUGGUCAUUAUGUCGCUAUUUGCAAACAUCCUGUCUCAAAGAAAUGGCAUGAGUUCAACGACAACCUUGUCAGUGAAUCAUUGUCUGAGCAUCAUCUUGUUUCGUCCAGUGCCUAUAUAUUAUUCUAUGAGCGUGCGUAAAUAAAUGUAGGAAAAUUCUUCAGAGUUAGAAUAUUUUAACCACGGAUAUUCUCUGCGACAACAUUAAAAAUUAACGAAAUUAUUUAGUGACGAAUCAACUGCAAUUUAAUAACAUCAACUAAAACAGCAUGUAUAGUCUGCAGUGUUUCUAAAAAUCUAAUAGUUUGUGUCACCAAAACAACGGAUAAAAUGCAGCGUUUUUUUUUUCAGCUUUAUAUGAUGUUUUGGUCCAUUAUGUUUGGAAGUGUUUUUUUAAAUCAAUUUUUAUAUAUUUAUUACAUUAUUGUUAUUAUUUCAUAAGAAACUACUUUAUUUUUUAUGAAAAUGGAAAACAUACAGAUACACACCAACCACAUCAUGAUAAGCAGAGUUUAACCGUAACAACCGCUUUUGGCUAUAUUAAUCAUAAACAGGCUUUUUAAAAUAGUUUAUAUUACAGCGUUUGUUUGAGUACCAUGAAAACAAACACGUGCAAUGUUUUACGGAUCCUUAGUUAUUAUUGAUUUUAUAAUUGAAAAAAAAAAAAGAAAUGAACACGACAAAUGUUAGAUAUAUUUGUUCCACUUUUGGGAUUUUGGCAAAUCGAUUACGGGUACCCAUACAUGCAAUAUGUAUGUAGUCAGAUGGAGAAUUAAUAAGUCUAUGAGAACAAAAUUUAUUAGAAAACGCAGUUGAAAUUACUUACAAAUCAAACACAACAACAACAAAACACAUACAAUGAUUAACGUUUGAAACGAAACGUAUGUGACUGAUAGGAGCUAUAUAAAUAUAUAUAUCUACAUGAGUAACAAUAUUAUUUAUUUGCAUUCUAAUGCUAAUAUUUAUUAUUAACAAAUAAAAAAACACACAGACAAAACACACAUAUAUGUAUGAAACUAAUGACAAACUAAAAAAAUUGCGCCAUUCAUUGUCUUUGACAAUUAUAAUAUGUGCUAAACGAAGAAGAUGAAGAAAGACAAUUUCUGUUUAUACAUACAGCUAGUUAAAAGAGGAUAACAUAGAAAAAAAAAAAAAAACAAGAAGUAGAACAAGCAAAAAGUGCAUAUAUUUUUGAGAUCAAUUUUAUACGUUUAUCUUUCUUGCUGCAAGUAAUAUGUCUUAAGCUAACUAAAACAUUUAGUAUAAAGUCCCAUCAAUCCUUGGUCAUUGUCACCUUUCCUACGACCGACCGAUCGCCCGCCCGCCCGCUAUCUGAAGAAUCUAUGGAAUAAUGAUGAAUAUAGUUUUAUGAAACUAUUGAAAUUGUUUGUGUUAUGUUUAUAAUUGUUGUUAUUUUUUGUUUUCUUUAUGUUUUUAUGUUUAAUGCCGCCAAAUGCUAUGCCCCUCCCCCCCUUAACAUACAACUCAGUUUGGAACUGUUGUAACUAUCUAAAUAAGAUUAUCUAUUUAUUGUAUUUGAUUACUGUUAUUAUUUAUUGAUUAUUUUGUUUUAUGUGUAGACUAUAACUUAAAAAAGAUGUGAAACUAUCAUGAAUGUAAUUACCGACAAAAAUAGAUUAUAUAAAGCGAAAACAACAACAAA